CCCCCUCACCCCAGCCCUGCCCCUUGCAUGUCUCCCUGUGAGAGUGCUGCCCCUCCCCCAGUCCUGCCUCUGGGCUGUCUCUCUCGCUCUCACUCUGUCUGUCUCGCAGCUUGCACUCAGUCUCUGAUCCUAAGAGACUUUAAGAUGGAUCCAGCUGCGCCGGCCACACGCAUGACAUCAUCAUUCACCAUCAACAUUUCCACUCCAUCCUUCUACAAUCCUCCCAAGAAAUUCGCUCCAGUGGUCCCCCCCAAGCCGAAAGUCAACCCAUUUAAAGCAUCUGAUGAACCAGAGCCCCCACAUUCCUCUGUAGGCCCCCAGGAACAUUCGGCAGGGCCUGGGGUGCGAGCAUUUCUGGGAAAAGUUGGAGAAAUCCCCUCAUCAGCACCACCUAGUGUUGAGCAGGAAGAUUUUAUCCUUCCGCCUCCUCCACCCAGUGAUGAACUUGUCACAUCUCCCACUGCAUUCUUCCCGCCACCUCCACCCUCCUUUGGAGAUGACAUACUUGGGUCGCCCACUUCCAGUUUCCCUCCACCUCCCCCUGUUGACUUUUCAGAAGCUUUCCCUCCCCCGGUAGAAGAUUCCUUCCCAUCCCCUCCACCUUUUGAGGAUUCACCUGGUGAAGUCACUGUAGGACGGGACAGUCAGGUUCCUCCACCACCCCCAGCUCCUCCUAUGUUUACUCCUAAGCCAGCGGGUCCCCCUUUGUUUUCUCCUAAGCCAGCUGUCCCUACAUUUUCACCUAAGCCAGUUGCCCCUGUAUUUUCUCCUAAACCAGCUGUACCAGAAGUUUCUGCCUCUAGUGUCUUUACCAAACCCUCUGUCCCUGUAUUUUCUACUAAACAAGCUUUACCAGAAGUAUCUGCCUCUACUGUCUUUCCCAAACCCUCUGUCCCUGUAUUUUCUCUUAAACCAGCUGUUCCAGAAGUACCCACCUCUACUGUCUCUCCCAAACCCUCUGUCCCUAUAUUUUCUCCUAAACCAGCCGCUCCAACAUUUGUCCCUAAACCAGUUGCUCACACGUUUGUCCCUAAGCCAACAGCCCCUACAUUUGUUCCUGAAUCACCUGUACCUAAGUCAACUCCCCCUUCAGCAGUUGCCCCUAAGCCAACUGCCUCUUUUGCAGUUUCCCCUAAACCUUCUACUCUUUUUCCUAAACAAUCUGAGCCACAGACAUUUUCAUCUCCCCCUUCUGCCCCUACUCCCCCAUCUUCUAACAUAUUCUCUCCUAAACCUGUUGGCCAACCCUCAUUUUCUCCAAAACCUCCAGCAUUCACACCUAAAUCUGUCCCUUCCACAUUUUCCCCCAAACCAUUAGAUACAAACAUAGACAUUUCUCGCCCUCAAAACAGAUUUCCCCUAUCUCAACCUGUCACUAAAGUGCCCCCUUCUGUCACGAGUGAAGCUGCUCUGCCACCACCAGUACCAGGACCAGGGUUUAACUUCGUGCAGCAACGCGAGAAACCUCGAGUGCUGGAGAAGCCAAAGGCUGAUACGGAAGUACCCCAGUUUGAGACUGUCAAGAGUCAGGGGCCCCAAACUGAGAAUAUCAAGAGCCAUGGGUUGCAGUCCAAUGGCUUCAGGCCACAACCGGAAGGGUUCUUGGACACAGGAUCAAAGGCCGGUGGCAUUCCAGUGAAAGAGCCUCCACCCAAAAUGCAGAAGUCUCCUGAACCAGAACGUGCAGGUCCUCAUGGGUUAAACAUGAAUGAGGUCAUGGAGCUGGAGAAGCUGACUCAGCAGCUAAUGAAGGAGAUGGAUAACCAGCGCACGGCUAGCACACAACCGAUGGAUCGAUGUGGAUUCUGCAAACAGGGGCUUUCUCGGACAGAGACCAUUGUGAAAGCUGGUGAGCACCAUUAUCACGUGGCGUGUUUCACCUGCUCCAAGUGUGACCAGCAACUCCAAGGCCGCCAAUACUACGAGAGCGCUGGGAAGCCAUUGUGUGAAGAUUGCUAUGAGGACACGUUGGAGCGCUGUGCAGUAUGUGAUAAGAAGAUUACAGAACGCCUGCUGAAAGCGAUGGACAAAGCGUAUCACCCUGGCUGCUUUACCUGCGCCGUCUGCCAUUGCACUCUCCAGGGAGUGCCGUUUAUUGUGGACGACAAUAAUCAACCUCACUGUGUGGCAGACUAUCACAGGAGGUACGCCCCUCGCUGCUCUGUCUGCGGUGAGCCCAUCGCCCCCGAGCCUGGCCGAGACGAGACUGUGAGAGUAUUUGCCCUGGAAAGAAACUUUCACAUGAUGUGUUAUAAGUGUGAGGACUGCGGUAUUCCUCUCUCCGUGGAGGCAGACGAUUCAGGCUGUUUCCCUUUCAAUAACCACGUCUUGUGUAAGAAAUGCUACACUGUGCAGGCCCGUGCCGCACUCUGAUGCUCCUACGGCAGCCAUCUAACCUACGCUCAGGAACUGGCCACCAAAGACUCCUGGACCCUUGAACCACUCCGUCCAUUUUGCUGCUUGUAACGUAGAUCAGUGUUAUGAUAAAAAACAGUUUACAGCUUCUUCAGAGACUGCUAGUCAAUUGCUGGUUAGUGGUUCAUCAGCUACUAGCCAUUAGUUAGUACAUUUUAUCUCAUAGCAAGCUGGAACACAGCUGGUGCCCAUAAGUGCCAGCACCUAUUCCUAUAUACUUUUUUUAUAAUUCUGUAUAAAAUUCUGUUUAGUUUUUUUGAUGUUUAUUUUUAUUGUUUUGUAUUUUUUUAAAUCUUUUAGAAUUUUUCUUUCUUUGAUCUAUGCACCUUUAUUCUUGGGGGGGUGGGGGGGGGCAGCCAAUCAGAGGGCAAUGAAUGUGAUUGGAGGGCUGGGCAAGAUUUAUUAACCCCUUUCAGGGUAAUAUUUCAGAUGAGCACAGUCCCCUGCUGUGAUUGGGAUUUACAGGCCAUUCUAAUGAGUGCAAGUAUCGCUGUAUCGACUGUCAAGAUAUUGCGUGUCUAUGGUAGAUUGGAUUUUGAAGAAUAGAGGAUGGCCUGGUGAUGAGUGGGGGAGCCAAGACAGAUUGAUGCGCUAUUUUUUACAUUUGGGAGGAAUUUCAGAUAACCAAUAAAGCAUUUUAUACAAAUAA